GAGACUUUUCAUCCAAAAGCCGCUCAAGUCGCAGACUUCUUGAUCGCAGUCUCCGAGCCUGUGAGCAGGCCACAAACAGUGCAUGAGUACCAGAUCACAGCUUUGUCCUUGAAUGCCGCCAUCGCCAAUGGCAUAGAUGUUGAACAGAUCAUCAAGGUCCUGCAGCGACUGUCUAAGAACUUUGUGGACGAGAGCUUCCUGGAAUUCAUCAGGGAAAAGGGCAAGUCCACAGGAAAGCUAAGGCUCAUCCUCAGAGACGGCCGGCACUUCCUGGAGUCUGAAGAUGCGCCAUUGCUACGGCAUCUCUGCCGGGAUGCUGACGUGGCCGCCUGUUUGGUGCAGGAACUCGAACCUGGCAGUCGCACAGUGGAAGUAGAUUCCUUAAAGGUGGAGAAGCUAAAGCUGGCUGCUCAUCAGCUGUCCCUACCACUUCUCCAGGAGUACGAAUUUCGAAGAGAUCGAGCAGAUACAAACCCUCAGCUUUCUGCAGUCCUAAGACCCACGGUCAACAUGCGGCCGUAUCAGCUGCGAGCACUGUCGAAGAUGUUUUCAGUUGAUGAUGUGGCGAAAAGUGGCAUUGUGGUGCUGCCAUGCGGUGCUGGGAAGACGCUGGUCGGAAUUGCAGCUUGCUGCCGCGUAGGCAGGCGCGCGCUGGUGCUUACUACAACUGCAGUUGCUGUAGACCAGUGGCGGCGCCAGAUUCAACUCUUCACCAGCCUGCCGCCAGAAGAUGUUUACACCCUCACCGCUGAGCAAAAGCGCCCAAUAGAGGAUGCUGAGCGGCGCGCUUGCAUCGUCAUCUCUACCUACAGCAUGCUGGGCUUUACAGGCCGAAGAGGAGGCGAUACACAGUUCAUUCUGGAUCAGUUGCAGCAACUGGAAUGGGGUUUGCUAGUCGUGGAUGAAGUGCAGGUUAUGCCGGCCCGUACCUUUAGAACCGUGGCAACGAUGAUCAAGUCGCAUUGCUGCCUGGGGCUAACAGCCACCUUGGUAAGAGAGGAUGACUUGAUCCAAGACCUGCAUUGGCUCAUAGGCCCAAAGCUAUACGAAGCCAAUUGGCAGCAGCUUCAGGAUGAAGGCUACUUGGCCCGAGUCCGAUGCAUCGAAGUCUGGUGCGAUAUGGCGACGGAAUUCUUCCAAGAGUACUUACAGGCACAAGAUAGCCCCGAUGUUCCAGGCUCCAUGCGGGCUCACCUGCAGCGCGCCCUCUGGACCUGCAACCCGAACAAGCUGAAAACAUGCGAAUACUUGAUACGUUUCCAUGAGCAGCGCGGAGACAAGAUCAUCGUGUUCAGCGACAAUAUCUUCAUCUUGAAGGAUUUUGCCAGAAAGCUGGGCAGAUAUUACAUAUGCGGCUCUGUGGACAUGAAAGAGCGGAUGAGCAUUCUCAGCGAGUUCCAGGAAAGCUCGGCUUGCAACACCAUCUUCUUGUCGAAGGUGGGAGACAACGCAAUCGAUCUUCCAGUGGCGAAUGUGACCGUGCAGAUUUCCUCGCACUAUGGAUCGAGAAGGCAGGAGGCUCAGCGACUGGGCCGGAUUUUGCGGCCGAAGCCGCAAACCUCGAAUUCCGGCGGCCGCUUCAACGCAUACUUCUACUCUAUCGUCUCAAGGGACACGCAGGAGCUUUACCACGCCAACCGCCGACAGCAGUUUCUGGUUGAGCAGGGGUACAACUACCAGGUAGUCCGCGACCACAGCGUUGCUCGGAUGGAGGAGCAGAAUCUGGCAUACUCCGGCAAAGAUGUGCAGCUGCAGCUUCUGAAGCAGGUGUUGGAGAGCGUGCGCAGGGGUGAUGCAGAAGAGGCUGAAGAAGACUGCAGCAUGCCGGAACCAGCAGCCGCAGCUA